GAAAAAAACAAGUUUAUUUUGCAAUUGUCAGAUAGAGAAAAGUGAGAUAUUUCUGGGUGGUAGUUCAAAAUUGAAAUUAAUCGAUUAAAUAAUUUGAUAGCGUUUAUCACCUAGUAUACAGUGUGAAUCUAUUCGUAUUUAAAGUGAAUUUCUAAAAAAUGGAAUUUAAAUUUAAUGUCAAUGAUAUAUUCAAGCAGCCUAUCGUAGAAAUUAAUAACAAUUUGAUUCCUCCAGGAUUUAGUGGUGAUAGAAGGGCGUUAUGGGACACCCUAGGAAAGGUAUCGGAAGUUGUUAAUACAAUGGGAGAGGCUUCUGCGGUUGCUCAAGGACUUUCAAAACCGAUUACAACUGCGGAAAGGCUUAGAAAUUCAGAACAUAAAUUGUACUUUUUAAUUGAUCAAGCUGCAAAUAAUGGAAAAGGAGCUGUAACUGGUAUGUUAAAGACAGGAAAUAAAGGACUGUAUGUUUUUGACAGAGAUGGGCAGCACUACCAGGUUACUCCACCCUGUAUUUUAGAUUUUUAUAUUCAUGAAUCUCGCCAAAGGACUGGGUUAGGAAAGCAUUUAUUUGAACAUAUGCUACAGAAAGAAGAAAUAGAACCCGUAAAAAUGGCUAUAGACAGACCAAGUGAUAAGUUGUUGGGAUUUCUUAAUAAACAUUACUUACUAAAUUCACCUGUGAAGCAAAUGAAUAAUUAUGUUGUGUUUGAUGGUUUCUUUCCAAAAUCUGCGGAACCGAGUCACGUUACGGAAUCUAAGCCAAGUGGUAAUUUGGGAAGAAAAGAAUCGGCUAAUGGUCUACAGAAGUUUACUUCUCCUCAAGGGCGAUACGGUGCCCCAAGACCCCCAUGUAGCAUGGGUCAAAUUAUACAUAAUCAAACAACUAAUAAUAAAAACCAGGAACCUACAGGGGUUAAGUCGCUACCGGCUACUAAUUAUCAAGGAGUUCAUCUUGGAGGUGAUGUGCAAGAUGACGUUGAAAAACCCCAUGUUUCUUCAAAAUUGGAACGACCACAAUCCCUAUCAAUUCAAAAAAGUGAAGAAGAAAUAGGGGACAUUGCUUUGAACGAUAAGGAUUGUAAAAAUUUAGAAGAUAACGUAGAAUUAACUGAUAUUCAAAAUAAUUUAAAAGCGGUUAAAAUUAAUGAGGAUGCAAUAGCUGAAAAUUUGCCUUCAUCGGAAGCAGAUAAUGCAGCAAGUACAAAAACUCCAAGUCACUUAACCAAUCAAGGCUACUUUGAUAUAAAAUUUUAUCAUAACAAAUUAUGGUAAAAUUUGUAUCACUGAGAUGCUUAUUUAAAUUUAAUUUAUAAAAAUUCUUAUUUAUUUCAUAUAUGUAAUUUGUCCCGCUAAUAAACCAUUAUAUAAAAUAUGUGGUGUUGAUUUUAUGAAAUUUAAUAAGUGGCUUGGUUGUAUACUUACAUACCACAUCCCUUUUACAAUGUAUGAAUCUUACAUUCUUCCUUAUUAUUAAGGGUAAUUUACAUUCUCAAUUAUUUAUACUAUUUAUUAAAAUAUAUUUAACUAAGAAAAUGUAUAAUUCCAUGAAAGCUUUAUAUGUAUGUAUAGAGAAAAACACAAGAAAAAUUUUAAUAUACACAGCUUAAGCCUUUGAAAUAAAAAAAUAUUACAUUAUUCACAUUAUGUACAACUACUUUGAUCCACUUUUACCAUUCUGUAGAUAGAUAUGGGAAAAUAAUAGGUUUGUAUGAUUUGUGUUUAACGUUGAUCACAUAAUAAUCCUAAAGUGACAACCAGACGUUAUCUUCUCGUCCGUUUCUUGAAUUAUUUGAUAGACAAAAAAUAUUUUUGUCUUCCAAAAAUACUAAAUGUUUGCCAAUUUCUGACAAUUUCCACAUUUAAGUCAAUAACCAGAUAUUGAUUCAACAUCUGGUUAUUGAUUUAAAACUAGAUAUCUUCUAAAAUUUGGUGAACAUUAGUAUUUCCAGAAACAAAAAUUUUUGUACUGUAAUUAUUUAAGAAACUGACAAGGUCAGUAUUAGUAUAUUACUUUUCAAUUAUUAAGUGAUCUAAAAUUUGGUGAACUGUAUUACUGAGGAACAAAAAGUUUUUAGUGCCAAAUAAUAUGUACAAUUCAAUAAGAAGUAAUUAUCUGGUGAACAUUUUCAAAUUAAAUAUAGCCUCAAAGUUGGGUAUCAUUUUGUAAUGCAAAACGAAAUAACACAAAAAAAAUCUAUUACUAAGUGGUGCCACUCGGAAUGUCUACAUAAGAGGCAUAUCCACAAAGUAAGAGUACCCAAUUUUUUAAAAAUCAAAAUGGCAGUAUAUUUAUGAACAAUUUACGUAUUCACAAAGAUACAUCAUACACUAUUUUUUGACGUAAUCACCUUCAACCUUAAUACACUGUUAGCUGAAGUAUGAGCUUUUUGAUGUCUUCAUCAAAAAAGUAUCCCGCCGCCUCCCGGGCCCUUUGUUUCACAGCACGAACAUUUCAUUGAUCUCUCUCCUUUGUUUUUCAUGAACAUUCCUUCUGCCAGCUCUAUACUGAUGACGCCACUUGUACACUUUAGUACAAGUCAUUACACCAUCUUCAACAAUUUUGAUUUUGUUAAAAAUCUGUAAUUUGCCUUUCCCUAUGCAAGAAGAAACCGGAUUACGAUCCUCGCCUCGUAUCUGACAAGAUUCGGAAUAGCGGCUCUAAUUUCAACACGCCACUACAACAACAGUUCUCAACUGACUGGGACAAUAGCGCGCGUUCUGCAAAACAAAAACCACAGCAUCAGAGUUCAGUACUUUACUUUGUGGACAUGCCUCGUGCUUUGAUUUUAAUAGUGGCCCUAUUUUAUUACAAGUAAUUGGUCGAAAGUUGUCCGUAAACUUAUUUCUAAAUAAAUAUUGUUGGUACCAAUACAAAUUAUGUACAGAAUCAGGGAACUAGCACUACAUACAUUUUAAAUAUUUAUAACAGAAAUAACGUAUUAGUAAUGUAAACUAGUUUUAAGUUUAAAAUUACUUGAAAUUAAAAUUAUUUCCACCUUCCCUUCCCAUUUCUGUGAUAUAUUUGUGAUGUUUGUGCAGCUUAAGUACACAUUUUUAAAUGAAUAUUUCCAAAUAAUUUUUUCGCAAAAAUCUGUGAAACAAAUUUAUAUUUCAGUGCAGGAUGGUAAAAUUUAUAUUUUUUUAUUCAUCAUUCAGGAACAGUUCUCUUAGAGAGAGAAUCAUAAACAUAAGAUAAUUAAGGUUGGUUUAACUUUGUACAGUCUCAAAUUAAACCAUAAAUGUGCAAUAAAAAACGUAAAUUCAAAAAUUCUUCUUAAUAGUAAUUUGGGGAUAAUUCUUGCACACUUUGCCGCUAUUAUUUCUAUAUACUUUCAAAAUCUGAAUUUACACGGAAAAAUAAGAUUACAAUUUUUUAAAAUUUGUAUGAUUGUUGAUAUAGUAGCUCAAACCAAAAUCGUAAGAAAAGGGGAUAAGUUUUUUUUAUGUAAAAAUUUUGGAUAUGAAAAAAAUGUUUUGACCACAAAAAAUACUAAAUAA